AUGGAACAAAGACGACGUGAGACAUUGAGAGAGCGAACAAAGUGGGUUGCCUAUAUGGUGGUUUUGGUUACGUUUUGGAGCAAAGCUUCCGGACAACUCCGAUAUUCCAUCUCCGAGGAAAUGAAGGAGGGAAGUGUUGUUGGAAAUAUUGCUAAAGAUCUAGGUUUGGACAAGACCACGCUGUCACAGAGGGGGUACCGCAUUGUUUAUGGCUCAACAGAGCCUCCCUUUCGAGUAAAUAAGGACGACGGUAUCUUGUAUGUGAACCGGAAAAUUGACAGAGAGGAAGUCUGCGACCGAAGCAAGGUUUGUGUAAUUGACUUAAAAACCGUGUUAGAAAACCCACUGGAGGUCCACUAUGUAGCAGUUGAGAUUGUGGAUGUAAACGACCAUGCACCGAGCUUCCCCGAAAAUGAAAAGAUAUUAGAGAUUUCUGAAUCUGCAUUACCAGGAGCACGGUUUCAGUUAAAGGGUGCGCGUGAUGCUGACAGUGGUUCGUUGUCCGUUCAGCAGUACAGGCUGAGUCAUAAUGAACAUUUUCGCUUGGAAGUAAAAGAUCGGGGUGAAGAUCGAAAAACCCCCAGUCUAAUUCUUCAAAAGCCACUUGACAGAGAGUCGGUCAAGACCCACGUGUUACUUCUGACAGCCAUUGACGGAGGCAAACCUCCGCGAUCUGGUAACAUGACAAUAAUUGUUGACGUCUCCGAUGUGAAUGAUAACCCUCCAGUUUUCACUCAGGCUUCAUACACUGUGCAGCUAAAAGAAAACUCUCCUCUUGGUACAACUGUUACUCAAGUUAAUGCAACCGAUUUGGAUGAAGGUUUAAAUGGUGAGGUUGUAUAUUCAUUUGGCAAUGACGUGGAUGCACAGGCGAGCGCGCGUUUUAAUUUAAAUUCAGUGACCGGAGUAAUUACUGUUGCAGGGCCGAUAGAUUUCGAAGAAUGUGGGAGAUAUGAAAUUGACAUCCAGGCAUCAGACAGAGGUGCGGCAACACUGGCAACAGAUAAGAGCGUUAUUAUACAUAUUGUUGACGUAAACGACAACCCACCAGAGAUUGAAGUGACAUCGUUUUCACGUGCUCUGCCGGAAGAUUCAAAACCAGGAACCACAGUGGCCUUAAUUAGUGUUAAAGAUUCGGACUCUGGUCUCAACGGAAAAAUUACGUGCUACAUAAACCGAGACCUUCCUUUUAUAAUAACUCCAUCUUUACAAAACAACAUGUAUUCUCUGGUCACCAAAUCGCUUUUGGAUCGAGAGGAGCAAUCACAAUACACUGUAACAAUUGCUGCUAAAGAUACAGGUGAACCAUCCUUAACGUCAGAAAAAACGAUAAACAUUGAUGUGUCAGAUGUGAAUGAUAACAGUCCAGUAUUUUCACAGAACCCAUAUACUUUCUACAUAGCUGAAAAUAACAACCCGGGAGCGUCGAUUUUAUCAGUGACAGCCCAUGAUGAUGACGAGGGUAGUAAUGCUCUUGUGACAUAUUUUAUUUCAAGGAAUAGGGCAGGAGAAAAUAUGCUGGCCUCUUUUCUAAACGUGAACUCUGAAAAUGGGGACAUUGUUGCGUUAAAAAGUUUCGAUUUCGAAACAGUGAAAACUUUCCAGUUCCAAGUUGUUGCCACAGAUUCUGGAACUCCGUCACUGAGCAGCAACGUCACAGUGAACGUGUUCAUUCUGGAUCAGAACGACAACGCUCCAGUCAUCCUGUAUCCUCUCAGCUCCAACGGCUCUGCUGAAGGGGUGGAGGAGAUUCCCCGCAAUGUCAACGCAGGACACUUGGUGAGCAAAGUCAGAGCCUAUGACGCUGAUAUAGGAUAUAACGGCUGGUUGCUGUUCUCACUGCAGGAAGUCACUGACCACAGUCUCUUUGGUUUGGACCGCUACACAGGACAGAUCAGAACACUUCGCUCAUUCACAGAGACAGACGAGGCUGAGCAUAAACUGCUCAUACUGGUCAAAGACAAUGGCAACGUUUCACUCUCAGCAACAGCUACUGUCAUUGUCAAAGUCGUGGAGCCCAAAGAGGCUUUUGCAGCUUCUGAUGUGAAAAGUGCAGCAAAGGAUGAGGAGGGGAAUGAUGUGACUUUUUAUCUGAUGAUCACUUUGGGCUCAGUUUCAGUACUUUUUCUCAUCAGCAUCAUCGUGCUGAUUGCAAUGCAGUGCUCCAAAUCCACAGACUAUACUUCUAAAUAUCUACAAGAGACCAAUUAUGAUGGGACACUGUGUCACAGCAUCCAGUACAGAUCAGGAGACAAACGGUACAUGUUAGUUGGACCCAGGAUGAGUAUUGGAUCUACUAUAGUCCCUGGCAGCCAUGCGAAUACACUCGUGCUUCCUGACAGAAGGAGGGCAUCCGGAGAGGUAAGAUCAGUCACAUUUCUCUCUAGAAAUAGCAGAUUUUAA